UUUCUAAAAAAUAUACUUUAAAACAAAUUGAUAAUGGAUGAUAAUGGAACCAAAUUUUCAAUCCAGAUGCUCCUUUGGUUGAUGUUCCUGACAGUGCACCUCAGCAACGAUGAGCAGCACUUCACGGAGGUGCCCGUCACCCCCGAGACCACGUGCCGCGACCUGGUGGACCUGUGCAAGGAGCCCGGCGAGAGCCAGUGCCACCUGGCCGAGGUGUGGCGUGGCUCGGAACGCCCAGUUGCUGACAAUGAGCGAAUGUUCGAUGUUCUUCAGCGACUGGGAAGCCAGCGGAAUGAAGUUCGUUUCUUCCUCCGUCAUGAACGCCCGCCCGGCAGAGACGUAGUGAGUGGCCCGAGGUCUCAGGAUCCAAGUCUGAGGAGAAAUGGUGUGAAAGUCCCCGGAGAACACCAGCGAAAGGAGAAUGGAGUGGACAGUCCCCGCAUGGACCUAACGCUGGCGGAGCUUCAGGAGAUGGCCUCUCGCCAGCAGCAGCAGAUUGAGGCCCAGCAGCAGAUGCUGGCCACCAAGGAACAGCGCUUAAAAUUUUUGAAACAACAAGAUCAACGUCAGCAACAGGCAGCUGAGCAGGAGAAGCUCAAGAGGCUGAGAGAACUGGCCGAGAGCCAGGAGGCCAAGCUGAAGAAAGUGCGGGCGCUCAAGGGCCACGUGGAGCAGAAGCGGCUGAGCAACGGGAAGCUCGUGGAGGAAAUUGAACAGAUGAAUAGUUUGUUCCAGCAGAAGCAGAGGGAGCUAGUCCUGGCCGUGUCAAAAGUAGAAGAACUCAUGAGGCAGCUGGAGAUGCUGAAGAACGGCAGGAUCGAUGGCCACCAUGACAGCCAGUCUGCAGUGGCUGAGCUGGACCGGCUGUACAAGGAGCUGCAGCUGAGGAACAAGCUGAACCAGGAGCAGAACGCCAAGCUGCAGCAGCAGAGGGAAUGUCUGAACAAACGCAACUCCGAGGUGGCCGUCAUGGACCGGCGUGUCAGCGAGCUGCGCGACCGGCUGUGGAAGAAAAAGGCGGCGCUUCAGCAGAAGGAGAACCUACCGGUUCUGACCGAUGGGAACCUGGCCCCCCCACCCGGCAUCCAGUCGUCCACCAUGCCGCGGCUGCCCCCGAGGCCGGAGCUGCUGGUGAAGCCGGCGCAGCCUGAGGGUCCCAUGGCCCCGCAGGCCUCUGAGGCGAAGGUGCAGACGCUGCCCAACAUGAGGACCGCGGCCGCUCUGCAAGCCAAAGGCCCUAGAGUCCCUCCCGCUGGCCCUGACUGGACUCCUCCGAGUGCGGACCUUUUCUCCAUGCCCCAGAGUGCUAGGCCUGCCCCAGACCAAGUUGAUGAUGGGGAGGUUCCGCUGAGGGAGAAGGAGAAGAAAGUGCGACCCUUCUCCAUGUUUGACACAGUGGACCAGAGCGCCGUCCCGCCCGGCUUUGGCACGCUGCGGAAAAACCAGAGCAGCGAGGACAUCCUGCGUGACGCUCAGGCUGCAAACAAGAAUGUGGCUAAAGUGCCACCUCCUGUUCCUACAAAACCAAAACAGAUUAACUUGCCUUAUUUUGGACAAGCCAGCACGUCCCCUUCUGAUACCAAGCUGGAGGGAAGCCCGCAGCAGUUGCCAGCUGCCUCAACAGCUGUGGGCCAUAAGCCCAAGCCAGCAGGGUCGCAGCCCAGGGUGGUGCUGUCCCCCAGUGUGCCUUCGGGUGGCCGCGACCAUGGCCUGCCCACAGGGCCUAAGCAGGAAAGCCCCCCCGCCGCUGCAGUCCGGCCCUUUACGCCCCAGCCUCCCAAAGAUGCCGUCCCACCGGCCUUCAGGAAGCCCCAGACGCUGGCGGCCAGCUCCAUCUACUCCAUGUACACGCGGCACCAGGCGCCCGGCAAGAACUUCCAGCAGGCGGUGCAGAGUGUGCUGACCAGGACACAGCCGCGUGGCCCACACUUCGCGAGUGUGUAUGGCAAGCCUGUGCUUGCGGCAGCCCAGACCCCGCCGCAGCCACCGGACAACGCGUACUGCGGCGGCCAGGGCCCAGCGGGCAGCGCAGAGCCUGACACGGAGCCCGCGUGCUCGGCCCCCGAGAGCCAGGAGAAUGAGCGCAUCCCGCGCCCGCUCAGCCCCACCAAGCUGCUGCCCUUCCUGUCCAACCCCUACCGGAACCAGAACGACGCCGACCGGGAGGCCCUGCGCAGGAAGCUGGCCAACGCCCCCCGGCCGCUGAAGAAGCGCAGCUCCAUCACGGAGCCCGAGGGCCCCGGCGGGCCCAACAUCCAGAAGCUGCUGUACCAGAGGACCACGCUCGCCGCCAUGGAGACCCUCUCGGUGCCCUCGCACCCCUGCCAAGUGCCCGCGCCCGCAGGCUCGGAGGGCACCGGGGAGAUCCCCAACCCCUACCUACCCGUGGAGCCCGAGGAGGAGGCCGCCCCCACCCCCGUGCCGCCGUCCCCAGAGGACGUGGGGCCCCCCGGGGCUGAGGACAGCAACAGGCCUACUGCUCCCGCAGGCCUCGACUGUGUGCCUGAAGGGGCAGCGGACAGCAGCCCGGGCGCCCAGGGUGCCGAGGAGGAGCCCCGUGCAGAGCCGCCCCGCCCGCUGGAGGUGUACCUGGAGGAGUACCCCCCGUACCCCCCGCCGCCCUACCCGUCCGGGGAGCCCGACGUGCCCGGAGAGGACCUCGCCAGCAUGCGCCCCCCUGAGGUCACCGGACAGGGUGCCCUGCCCCCCGGCAAAAGGACAAACUUGCGAAAGACAGGCUCCGAGCGGAUUGCACAUGGAAUGAGGGUCAAGUUCAACCCUCUGGCCUUGCUCCUGGAUUCCUCCUUGGAGGGAGAAUUCGACCUUGUGCAGAGAAUUAUUUAUGAGGUGGAGGACCCCAGCCUGCCAAACGAUGAGGGCAUCACCGCGCUGCACAACGCCGUGUGUGCAGGCCAUACAGAGAUUGUGAAGUUCCUGGUGCAGUUCGGGGUCAACGUGAACGCUGCCGACAGCGAUGGGUGGACCCCGCUGCACUGUGCAGCCUCGUGCAACAACGUGCAGGUGUGCAAGUUCCUGGUGGAGUCCGGCGCGGCCGUGUUCGCCAUGACCUACAGUGACAUGCAGACGGCAGCCGACAAGUGUGAGGAGAUGGAGGAGGGCUACACGCAGUGCUCCCAGUUCCUCUACGGGGUUCAGGAGAAGAUGGGCAUCAUGAACAAGGGAGUCAUCUAUGCACUCUGGGACUACGAGCCUCAGAACGCAGACGAGCUGCCCAUGAAGGAAGGGGACUGCAUGACCAUCGUCCGCCGCGAGGACGACGACGAGAUUGAGUGGUGGUGGGCGCGGCUGAGUGACCAGGAGGGCUACGUCCCACGCAACCUGCUAGGCCUGUACCCAAGAAUCAAACCAAGACAAAGGAGCUUGGCCUGAAACUCCACAGAAUUUUACCUAACGAAGACUUACUCUGUGCUUUCACUAAGAAGAAAUAAUACACUUGUUUUGGGCAAAAUUUUCACUAGACUUAUGUUAAUGACAGUGUAGCUCGAAAUCAGUGAAAAAUGUGCUCUGGAGAAAAUGAAGGAUGGAAGAGUCCCCUCAGCGGAGGACAGGACUCUCGGUCUUGGCACAGGGACGGGCGUGGCAGCAGAGGACAAGGCCAGGAGACCCACGGCAGAGGUCCUGUUUGCUGUAAGAAGUGGGGCUGCUGUGCUGCUGGGAUCUGCUUCCUGUCCCGUGGCUGGCGUCCCCAGCACUGCCCUGUACCCGUCUUCUGCAGAAAAGAUCAGCACUGCCCUCCACAUCCCUGGCACUGGUAGCCUGGGAUCCGAGGCUGCACACUUGGAUCUGGUCAGUGAAGAGCCCAGGUUGGCCGUCCGUGAGCAAUAACUGUAUCAUAGGAGUCCUGGUAGCGUCUUCAGGAAUAUACAUAUAUUUGGAAUAUUGAAACUAAGCCACACUACCUAAUCUAAACUAGAUUUAGAAUCUUGUUUUCAGGCUGAAUUUGAAUCUAUAUUUAUUAUCUUUUGUAUCUUGGAAAUUAGAGACUUGUAAUAGACUUACCUUUGAUACUUCUCAAGAUCAUA